GAAAGGAAAAAAAAAGUAAUCAGCAACAGCGUUAAGGAGAACUUUCCCUAUAGAUAAGAGAGGUCAAUACAAGAUGAUGGAAUCACGACAAGUAGUUGGGAAAUUUUCAGGUCUCAUGGGCUGGCAUAAUUUACUUAUCGCCUUGGUGAUUGCAGUGUGUGCUGCCUCCAAACUGGAACUAAGUUUUGUUCCACCCGUUCUGACCUUCACCUUACCAGUGGACGACCAGGAAAUAAGUCAAGUUGAAAUUAUGUUUAAACUCAAUAAUGAAUUUUAUCAGUUGAGUCAAGCCAGCCCAUCAAGUGGAGGGUGGCAGUUCAAAACCAGUGCUAUCAAACUGGAACCUACGGAUGUGAUCCAUGCCUACACCACAACCUACGGUCAGGAUGGUAAACUAAAAGAGAUAACGGAGCAGAAACAGUUCACAUUAAAUUCCCUGAGUGCAGUAGAGAUGCCGUCACCAAGACGUAUUAGCGCCGUUGUCUUUCGCGAUGAUUUCAACAGUUUCGACAAAAGUCAAUGGAACUUUGAAGUUUCCAUGUAUGGAGGAUAUAAUGGAGAGUUUCAAGUCUACACCAACGACCCCAAAAAUGUCUUUGUAAGAGAUGGACAACUGCAUAUACACCCUAUGCCAACAGUUGAUGAUCCAAGAUUUGAUGAGAACUGUCUGUAUCAUGGUCACAUGGAUAUGAACGCAUUGUUUGGUAUGUGCACUAUCUCUGACCUCGACGGAUGUGUCAGAGAUGGAAACAACGGUAUCCUACCACCUGUCAUGUCUGGCAAGGUCCUGAGUGUACCUACUAUCAAAUUUGGCACUGUAGAAGUUCGCGCCAAAAUCCCUAGAGGGGACUGGUUAUGGCCAGCUAUCUGGAUGAUGCCAGUAACUGAAGUGUAUGGAACUUGGCCAAGGUCUGGAGAGAUAGACAUCAUGGAAUCCUGGGGUAACAUUGGUGAUAUUGGCGUUAAGACGGUGACCAGCACACUUCACUGGGGACCAUCAGCUGACCAGAACAGAGCGAGUACCACUCACGGAGAACGGAAGUCCAGUAACUGGCACAACGACUUCCAUGUUUGGAGACUAGAGUGGACACAGGAGCACAUUUUGACGUUUGUAGACAACCAGCAGAUCAUGUCAGUUACUCCCCCUGACGGUGGAUUUUGGCAAAAGGGAGGCUUUUCAGGCUACAAUUUAUGGGCGUCCGGUAGCAAGAUGGCUCCAUUUGAUUUAGAUUUCUACAUAAUGUUUAACGUGGCUGUGGGCGGCACCAAAGGAUUUUUCCCGGAUGGAAAUCACUACGACGGCGUAACUAAACCAUGGAACAACAACUCCCCUCGAGCUAUGGAAGAGUUUUGGAGAGCUCACGGAGCCUGGGGGCCUACUUGGCAGGGCGACAACUCUGAUCUGAUCAUAGAUUACGUAGAAUUUAAGAGUUUAUAAUGAAAUACAGACAUACUACAGAAUAAGUAUUCUCAAUGUUAUAUUAAAACCAAGCCCCAAAGACAGUAGGGGGUUUAGAUGUCAUUGAAUAUUUUAAAUUUUUUGUAUCGUUUCUGAUGUUCUGAUAUGACCUAAUAGUAAGAUAAUAAUAAUAAGGCUUGUCUUAUCUUAUGCAGUAUUUCCCGUGGCUACGUCGCUCCAACUGCGACCUACAUGCUUUGUCACACCCAGUGCAGACAUAACCAUUGUCCGCCGGUACUAAGAUAAUCCGCAACAAACAAACCGCAUGUGGUCACCUCUUGGAUAAAAACAUUGCCAAGAAAGCUAUACAAAUUUUAAGUAUAAAAAUACAGCCUCUUCUACACAAUCUUAACUUUUUACCAUUACAAAGAAGAAGAUAGAAGAUUUCGUUCCUUAGAUUGAUAAAUCAAUAAAUAAGAUUGAACUUUCUGUUGUAAAUUUUUAUUUGAUGUUCAGAGAAACUUGAGAAAGAAUGCAUAUUUGGUGUGCUAUCGUAUUAAUUGUUGGCUCUAAUAAUGUAUUGUAAUGUGUAAUUCACGAUUGUAAAACAGAGUUCCUUACGGAUAAUAAAGAUUAUUAUUACUAUUA